AUGGCCGAGUCCAAGAAUAAGUGUUCCUGUAGUGUCCCUCAGUGCAGCAAUUCUAAGCAAAAACAACCUUAUUUAUCUUUUCACGGGUAUCCUUUGAAUGAAGACCAAAAAAAGAAAUGGGUUAUCGCUAUUAGACGGAACGAAGGGUCUACGUUCGUCAUUUGGAGAGGCAGCACGUAUGUCUGCAGUCAGCAUUUUACCGCUGUCGACUACAUUCCAGGAAGUUCGCGGCUGAAGGUUGGUGCCAUUCCCAGUCGUUUCCCUUGGAACAAUUUCUAUGUACCCCCUCAAAGGCUGUCAGCUUUUGAGAGAUCUGCUGUUCGACUUGGCGUGGAUGUACGUGUUCAGGAGCAACCGGUGGUCUCAGAGGAUGCACCCAAUGAAUCCAGUCAUGUUGAGGAACAUGACUACGCGGCACGCCCACCUGCCGGGGCAUUAGAUGAGGCUCUGCAGUACAUUGAAGAGCUGGAGGCUAGGCUGCAGAAAAUGUCACUAGAGAAACAAGCAAUAAUGAGCAGAUUUUGUGUUUCUGAUCACACAAUCAAAUACUACACAAAGUUUCCCUCACAGGAAGUUUUCCAGGUGUUCUGGGAGUCUGUUUGUCCAUCUGCCAGCAAUCUUGUGUACUGGACUAAGGCACAGAGGAUGGGACAGGAAGCAUCCCCAAGCCCUAGCCCUGCACGGAAGAUCCAGCUCAUAGAUGAACUGUUCAUGUAUUCCUGUCGAGUAGCUGCUGGACUGAGGGAACAAGUAAUCGCUGACAUUUUUGGGGUAAGCGUGGCCACAGUGAGUAGGGCCAUUAUCACCUGGGCUAACUACCUGUUCUUUGUGUUGGGUUCAGUACCCAUUUGGAUGUCCAAGCAACAAAUAUGCUUCUCCAUGCCAAAGAAGUACAGUUUGUUCUGUCCAAACCUGCGUGUCAUCCUGGAUUGCACAGAAAUCCGCUGUGAAAGCCCCACAUCUCUGACACUCCACUCAGAGAUCUUCUCCAGCUACAAGAGCACUACAACAUUUAAAGGUCUGGUUGGAGUAGCUCCAUGUGGUGCAAUGACUUUCAUCUCCCAGCUUUACACAGGUUCAAUCUCCGACAAAGAGAUCACAAAGAAGUCUGGCAUUUUGGACCUGCUUGAACCUGGAGAUGAGGUCAUGGCAGACAAGGGGUUCACAAUCGAUGAUCUCCAGUGUUGGUGCUAG